AUGGGCAGCCUGCGGGCCGACAUCACGCACCUGCAAGGAGCCAUCGCCGACGUGUUCUCCCGGGCCGGGGCGGUUCGUUACCCGUCCUGGAAGUUCCCCGACAAAGUGUCGUGCGAGCUGGACCUGGUCGAGCUGCUGGAGCGCUACGACUACGUGGAAGAUGACCUGGAGUUCAGCCAGCACGCGCACGUGGUGCUGCUGGAGCUGGUGAUCGACAGAAGGCUCCUCCUGCUGCUUCAGAGCUUCACAGGCUACGUGGAAAACCUGCUGAGCGAGAAGGGGAUCCCCGCCGUGCAGCCUGUGGGACCCUGCAUGUCGGCGGGGCUGACGGUGCGCAAGUUCUGGAGCAGCAUGCUGAGGCUGGGAGCCCUCUGCCAGCAGCUCCUCACCGAGAACCUCUCGCACAGCUCCCUGCCCAGGUCUGCGCGGAGCGUCACGGAGAGCAUCUCCACGCAGACACCCGAGUCGCCUCUGGCGCCCUGUGACGUGUGUGCUAGUGCUCAAGCCAGCCUCCGGGAGGUGAGCAGAGCCAUCGCCGGCAUCUGCCAGAGCCAGAACAUCCCCUCGGCUCUGAGCAGGUUCCACGAGACGCUGGAGGAGACCAUGGGUAGGAGGACCCUCUCUGCAAUGGACAUGAAUUACUGGGCCUCUGAACAAAGCAAGGACCUCUCCCGGAUCAGCAAACAUCUCCACAUGCUGCUGCAGCUGAUAAACCCUCUGAAAUCGAAGCUGGAAGAAGCAGACAAACAGAAGGAUGAGCUGCAGAAGAAGGUGGAGGAACUUGCCAGGUUGCUUCAGGAGGAGAAGAAAACCCAACAACAGCAGAGGAAGGAGGCUGAGCAGUCCCUGGAGGCAAAGAAGAAAGAGCACUUGGAGACUGUAGCCAAACUGGAGCGGGACAAGGAGGACCUACGGAGAGGAGCUACUCUGCUGGAAGAGCGAAUCUCUACCUUAAAGGAAGCACUGGCUGCUAAGCAAGCUGCUCUGCAGGAGCUGGAGGUGACCAAGAAGACCCUGCUGGAAGACAUGAGGACCAAGAUGGUGGCCAAGAGCCAGGUGCUGGAGCUGCAGGAGAAGGUGCAGCUGCUCACUGGCCAGCAGGAGGGCAUGGGCCGGGAGCUGAGCGCCGUCACCACCCAGCUAGAGAAGGAGAAGGCCAAAGUGGAGAGUAUGCUGAGGCACGAGGAGUCCCUCCAGGCCAAGCAGAGUGCUCUGCUGCAGCAGCUGGACAGCCUGGACAAGGAGUGUGAGGAGCUGCGAGCCAGUCUGGGAGAAGCCGAGGAGGACAAGGCCAGACUGGCAGAGCAGCUGAAGGAGAACCAGGACAAGUGGGAGCAGAGUGGGUGCCAGCUGGAGACACAACAGACGGUGCAGCAGGAGAAGCUGGGCCUGGAGCAGUCCAUCUCCGAGCUACGCACGAACGUUUCUGGCCUGGAGGAGAUGGUCCGGAAGCUGAAGGAGCGGGAAAGGUUGCUGGUGUCCUUCCCGGAGCUCCACGUCCCUGUUGAGGCACAGUUUGAGAGCACCGGGAACUUUGCUGAGGACAUGGAGAAGCAGCUGCAGGCCAACAACAUCAGGCUGAGCAUCCUGGAGCAGGAGAACGCGCGGCUCCGGGCUGCGCUGGCCAAGUUUCGGGAGAACAUCAAGGACCUGCUGCCCUCGCUCCCCUCGCAGGACGACCAUUUCCUCCUGAAAUGGCUCCGAGCGCGCUGCUUCGACCUGCCCAAGUCGGAGGCGAUGCUCCGCAAGCACGUGGAGGUCCGGAAGCACAUGGAUGCGGACAACAUCGUCAGCUGGGAGCCCCCCGAGGUGAUCAGGAAAUACAUGUCCGGGGGCAUGUGCGGCUACGACCGGGAGGGCUGCCCCGUCUGGUACGACAUCAUUGGGCCCCUGGACGGCAAAGGGCUGCUCUUCUCCGCCUCCAAGCAGGACCUGCUCAAGAACAAGUUCCGCGACUGCGAGAUGCUGCGGCUGGAGUGUGAGAAGCAGAGCCAGAAGCUGGGCAAGAAGAUCGAGAUGGUGCUGAUGGUUUACGACUGCGAGGGCCUGGGCUUGAAGCACCUCUGGAAGCCGGCCGUGGACACGUACGCAGAGCUCCUGUCCAUGUUUGAAGAGAAUUAUCCCGAGUCCCUGAAGCGCCUGUUUAUCGUGAAAGCUCCCAAGAUCUUCCCGGUGGCCUACAACCUCAUCAAGCACUUCCUGAGCGAGGACACGCGCAAGAAGGUCGUGGUGCUGGGAUCCAACUGGAAGGAGGUCUUGCAGAAAUACAUUGACCCCGAGCAGAUCCCUGUGGAGUACGGGGGCACCCUCACAGACCCUGAUGGGAACCCCAAGUGCCCCAGCAAGAUUAACUACGGCGGGGACGUGCCCCAGAAGUACUAUGUGCGGGACCAGCUGUCGCAGCAGUACGAGCACACGGUCGUGGUGAACCGGGGCUCGUCCCACCAGGUCGAGUACGAGAUCCUCUUCCCUGGCUGUGUCCUCAGGUGGCAGUUCAGCUCAGAGGGGGCUGACGUGGGGUUCGGGGUGUACCUGAAGACCAAGAUCGGGGAGCGGCAGCGUGCAGGCGCCAUGACUGAGGUCUACCCCAACCAGCGCUACAACUCGCACAUGGUGCCCGAGGACGGCUCCCUCACCUGCUCCUCGCCAGGGGUCUAUGUGCUGCGCUUUGACAACACCUACAGCUACAUCCACACCAAGAAGGUCAGCUACACCGUGGAGGUCCUGCUGCCGGACAAGAGCUCGGAGGAGCAGAUCCAGAAACUGGGGGACAAGAUGAGCGAGGUGGCCCUCAGUAACAGCCCUUAACGCCUGCA